AUGGCAGAGGAUCCCAGUUUCUUCGAGCCUGGGGUUGACGCGACGGAAGAAUCCGGGUUGAAUCAGCAGUCCAUGUUUAUGCCUAUGUCUACUUCUAAGCCUAUGUCUGUUUCUUCGUCUACGUCCACCGAUUCUGUUAUCGAAACACCUUCACCCUGUGGUGAGAACUUAUCGGAGAUUCGGAAUAGACAUAAGAAUCUUACCCAUCGAGCCAUCCGACAUUAUUUCGAGGAAACGCCACUCAGUGUGCUGAAGGUUCAUAGGGAAAAAGAUUCAUAUCAUCGUAACAGGAAUUUAAGCUUGGAAUACGAAGCUGUUCAUGCUCAUGAUACAACUCCUUAUAUCAGUGUCUGUCCUGCUUCUCUUUACAGUAGUAGAGUUGGUGCAUUUGGAGACUUUUUUGAUCUUACAAAUGCAAUUGCCUGCAUUGAAGGACCCUCUGACAGCCCGUACGCUGGAGGCAUCUUCUUUCUGCACAUCUAUUUCCCUGUUUUAUACCCUCAACGGCCUAUCAAAGUGCGCUUCUUGACACAGAUCCAUCACCCGAAGAUCAGUGCAGAUGAAGAUCUCCGCUUACCCAGUAUUACAACUGGAUGGGGCCCGGAUAAUUCUUUGCGGGAUGUUCUUUUGACGAUAUUCUCACUACUUCGCGAACCCAAGCUAGAUGAUGAUUUUGUACCUGGGGUUGCGAAAGAAUUUAUCGAUGAUUACAACAGUUUCUUCGAAAAGGCAAAACUUUCCACAAUCGAACAUGCGUCGAAGAAGCGACUAGAUGUGAGGAAAUUGGUGGUCGAUUGGAUACAAGACUACGUGACUUUUGAUUACGCAAUUGCUUCAUGUAAUAAGGCUCUCUUACUAUGGCGUCAGAGUAUAUUUGAGGCAUUACCAAAAGAUGGUAGCUGCGAGGACAUCAGUUUACAAUGCGUCUUACCAGACUCUGCCAUAGUGACCAUAUCUAAGAACCUGAGGAGAGUGUGUACUAGCGAAAUAGGACUUGAGGAACUGGACUUGAGUGAAUGGGAUAAGCGUGACCAGUAUUUAAAAGAUCAUUCUCCGUCAUCAUUUGGAAAUACACUGGCUAUAGUGUGGCUCAAGAUUCAAGAUGAAAAGAGAGGUAUUGAAGACGAUGAUCAUGUCUCUCCUGGUACAAUGGAUAUUGUUCAAUCAUGCCAGUUUAUGCUUGGGCAUUGGCGUAAUGCUGUAUGGGAAGCGCACCCAGAGGAUACUUUCAAGGACCGUGAAUCCAUCAUACCAGAUUCUGCUAUCCUCACCAUAUCUAACAACCUGGAAAAGAUAGGUUCCGGUCAAAUCAAGCUUGAGCAUUUGGACUUGUCGGAAUGGGAUCGCAGAGCGCAGUUUCUAGCUGAAGACAAUGAAUUUUUCAUUCGGGAACUUCUGCAAAGCUGGUGGGAGAGUGAGGUCGAGAUAAGAGAAAGAGGGAAAAAUACAGCUGUUCCAGAAGGCGGUCACGGCUCCAAAGCUGAAGGCCCGAAGUCUCCCCGGAGAGUUCAACUUGGUCUCGAGCCUGAACAGAAUCAAUCGUCUAUCAGAUGGAUUGGUGUCCGUUCUGGUAAUAUUAAAAGCUCAAGGUCCAAACAGGAAGCACGAGUUACCAAAAGUGAACCGGAUUCCAAGGUCAAGAAAUCAAGGUCUAAACGGAAUUUCUAUGUUUCAAGAGAACCUCCUGGUGCCAAAGCUAGCAGCUCAAGUUCUGUUCAAGAAGCAGAAAUUGCAGAAGACGGGCUCGAUUCAGAGACUAGAAGCCCAGAUUCUGAUACGGGAUCACAGAUUACAACAGAUAAUCUUAAUCCCAUCGUACAAGAGUUGAAGUCUAGAGUUGAAGAGCUAAACCUAAACUUAUCAAAUUUGAUAGAUGAUCUCCGUUCCAUUGCUGAAAAGGUCGACAAGCGUCUCAAGGAAAGCAGUAAAGGCAAGGGAUCACAAACUACAAUAAACGAUCUUUAUCCCAGCAUGCAUUAUUUGAACUAUGGACUUGGAACGCUAAACAUCAACUUACCAACUUGGGUAGAUGAUUUCCGUUCCAUUGCUGAAAAGCUAAACGUACAAAUUUCGGAAAAUGAUCUUAUUUCCCUUGCUGAGGGGGUCAAAAAAAGUAUCAAGAUAGACAUUAAAGGCAAAGGCUCUGUUACGAAGUAA